AUGGGUUUCCGAGACUUGUUCAGCACACUCGGUUCGACGGGUACAACCCCAACACAGAAUCAAUCUCCAGGCAAUCCCACUCUUCCCAAUGCGACUCCGAGCCGAGCUCCACGUGGAGAGUAUCAGUACACUCGCCUGGCGCCGACGCAGAUACGGUUGAUGCAGCUACUGCCGGGCUCCGGCCUUUCCAAGAUCAAAAUCACAGUCGAGACGGUGCCCUUUGGCCCAAACGACCAGCCGGAAUUCCAAGCCCUCUCGUACACCUGGGGCUCUGACGAACACCCCGGCGUGAUCCAGGUAGCCGGAGGCAGAGGCAUCAUCAAGGUCGGGCGGAAUUUACUGCAAGCCCUUCACAGUCUCCGGCGGCAGGGAGAAGCGCGUCGAAUGUGGAUUGAUGCCAUCUGUAUCAAUCAGAAGGACGCCGAAGAGCGCAGUGAGCAGGUCAAUCUCAUGGCUAAUGUCUAUGAGAGGGCCCAUGGGGUCAUUGCGUGGAUUGGCCGCGAGUCCGCCAGCAGCACUCUGGCCCUACGCACGAUGAGCUCCAUUGGGGAACACGUGCAGGCAGACUGGGAGACGCCCGACGUGCGAGUGCUGCAUCCGCGCUCCGGCUUGCCGGCGAAGCAGCUGAACGCGGUCUUGGAACUCCUCCGGAGGCCGUAUUUCCAACGUCUGUGGGUCUACCAGGAACUGCAUCUGGGCGGGGAGGGCGCCGUGGUGUUGUGCGGACAGGAUGUGAUUCCUUGGCAGGCCGUCCGCACCACGGUGCUGCUCAUCAGGGCGAGAUACCGACAAUCACCGGGGUUUCGCGCCUUCCCACCGGAAAGAUGGAGGUAUCUUCUCCAUCUCUGCGACAGUGACUACUCACGCCGCGAGUUCCUCGACUCCCUGCAUCGAACGCGCCUGGCCGAGUGUAGCGAUGAUCGCGACCGCGUCUUUUCCGUCCUCUCGCUCUUCUCCAAGGGCCACAACUACGGCAUCACCAAGGAGAAGAGCCACGGGAUCGAUCGGGGCUACACCAAGACCAUCCAGGAAGUCUACGUCGAAGUCAUCACCAUGCAUCUGAAGACCACCGGCAGCUUGGAGUUCCUCAACUACACCGGACGUCCCAAGCACCAGGACCUCCCCUCCUGGGUCCCCGACUGGUCUCGCGAGGACCCCAGCGUCGUCUUCCAAGGCCUCGCGGCAGGCCCGCAGAUCUCCGACCUCCCCUUCACGCUCUCCCAAGACCAGCCCCGGCGACUUCGAACCCCAGCCCUCAUCGUCGGCCAGAUCGCCCACGCCUCCCCCAAUUUCGAUUUCCCGCCCGCCAUCCUCGCCAGAAUCCUCUCCGCGUCCGGCGCACAGCUCCUCGAAGCCCUCACCCGCAGCCUCUACGGCAAUUACUUCUGCGAGAACAACGUCGACGCCCGCCACGAAGCGCGCACCGCCCACAUGAGCUUCUACAAACAGGAACGAGAAAUUCACCACGAGCUGCACACGCAUGGCCGCCUCGUCUCGGAGCAGUUCAGAAUCCAGGGGCACAGGCUUGGUCGUUCCCUCCUCGUCACUGCCGGCGAGGGUCUCGGUCUGGGUCCUUCCGCUACCCUCCCGAAUGAUCACAUUGCCGUGUUCCCGAACUGCAGCUCCGCCGUGAUUCUCCGGCCCACUACCACUUCCACUGCCGGCUCGAAUCGAUACACGGUCGUUGGACCUGCGUACGUGGAAGGUUGUAUGCAGACGGAGGCAUUCCUGGGUCCAUUGCCCGACAGGGUCGAACGGAUGUCCAAGCUCGAGAAGGGCGGGAAGCCGAAAGUUCUCUUCUAUGAUCACAAUAGGAAAGUGCUUCUCGCGGAGGAUCCGCGCCUGGGACCGCUUCCGCGUGGAUGGAGGAGGGGGAAAGAAGGAGGGUUCGAGAACAAGCAGACUGGGGAGUGUAGAACUUCAGUGCAAGAUCCAAGGCUCGACAUGGAGAUGUUGCGGAGGCGAGGCGUGCAGUUCAGGGAAAUUGAACUGGUGUGA